CCUCGAGAAUUUGCACAUUUUUUGUCUGCUUCGCUCUCAAUUUUCAACUAUUUCCUUAGUCACUCUUAUUUCUCUUUUUCUUCACAUUCUUCCGAGAGAUCAAUUGGAGUUCACUGCUAAUUGAAGAAUUACAGUUCAACAAUGGUGUCGCCGAAGCAGCUUUUAUCGACAGUGGAAGAGUCGCUGCUUGGCCCAAACCCUCCGACGCCGGCGCAGAGAGUAGAACUCAUCCAUGCCAUUCGCCAAUCUCUUCCCUCUCUCCGCAACUUGCUUUCUUAUCCUCCUCCAAAACCAUCGGACCGAGCUCAGGUGCAUUCUAAGGAAGUCAGGCUGCCAAAUUCUGGAUCAAUUACGCUGGAUGAUGAAGAUGUCCAGAUUGCGCUUAAACUCAGUGAUGAUCACCAUCUUAAUGAAAUUGACUGUGUUCGCUUGCUUGUUGCUGCCAAUCAAGAGUGGAGCUUAUUAGGGAGAGAUCCUUUAGAAAUUUUGCGCCUUGCAGCAGGACUCUGGUAUACAGAGAGAAGGGAUCUAAUAACAGCUCUUUACACUUUACUACGGGCUGUUGUCCUUGACCAAGGGCUUGAAGCUGAUCUUUUGGCUGACAUCCAGAGAUACUUGGAAGAUCUAUUUAAUUCUGGAGUUAGACAGCGAUUUAUUUCAUUAAUAAAGGAACUCAAUCGAGAAGAACCUGCGGGGUUGGGUGGGCCUAAUUCAGAAUGCUAUGUUCUUGACUCAAGGGGUGCUCUAGUGGAACGGCGAGCUGUGGUUUGUAGAGAGAGGGUCAUUCUUGGUCAUUGCCUUGUUCUUUCUGUUUUGGUCGUAAGAACAGGUUCUAAAGAUGCAAAAGACAUCUUUGCUGCCUUAAAAGAUAAUACAGAGGACUUUAGUCAGAGCACCGAUGUUUUGAAGCAUCAGGUUAUAUAUAGCCUUCUUUUCUCUCUUGUGAUUGCUUUCAUCUCAGAUGCUUUAAGUGCAGUACCCGAUAAAGAGUCUGUAUUGUCUUGUGACCCUUCAUUUAAGAACGAUUUCCAGAAAGCUGUUAUGGUUACUGGAAAUGAUCCAAUUGUUGAGGGCUUUGUCAAUUGUGUAAGGCUUGCAUGGGCUGUACAUUUGAUGUUAACACAGGAUGGUUUUGAUGUAAAGGAUACUUCAGCUGCUCCUUCAUCUAAUCAUGCGCAAUACAUUUGUGCAUGCUUGGACAUCGUUUUCUCCAACAAUGUUUUCCAGUUUUGGCUGGAUAAGAUUCUUCGAACUGCUGCUUUUAAGAACGAUGAUGAGGAUAUGAUUUAUAUGUACGAUGCUUACCUGCAUAAAAUGGUUACAUGCUUUCUAUCUCAUCCGCUUGCUAGAGACAAGGUUAAAGAAACAAAAGAAAAAGCAAUGAAUGCCCUUGGUGCAUACCGCCAGGUUGGUUCGAAUGAUCCUAUGGUGGAUGGUGGCUCACAUUCUCAUCAUUCUUCUGAAACAACUUCUCAACCUUUUGUGUCUUUGUUGGAGUUUGUAAGUGAAAUUUAUCAGAAGGAGCCUGAGCUAUUGAUUGGGAAUGAUGUCUUAUGGACAUUUGUGAAUUUUGCUGGAGAAGAUCAUACUAAUUUUCAAACGCUAGUAGCAUUUUUAAACAUGCUGAGCACUUUGGCCUCCAGUCCAGAGGGUGCUUCAAAAGUAUUCGAGUUACUUCAAGGAAAAACAUUUCGCUCUAUUGGGUGGAGCACUUUAUUUGAUUGCUUGUCAAUAUAUGAGGAAAAAUUUAAGCAGUCCCUUCAAAGUCCAGGAGCCUUGUUGCCAGAGUUCCAGGAAGGAGAUGCAAAAGCUCUUGUUGCAUAUUUGAAUGUUCUACAGAAGGUUGUUGAAAAUGGGAAUCCAAUUGAAAGGAAGAACUGGUUUCCAGAUAUCGAGCCUUUAUUCAAGCUUCUUGGUUAUGAAAACGUCCCUCCUUAUCUCAAGGGUGCAUUGCGUAAUACCAUAGCUACUUUUGUCAAAGUCUCUCCUGCUCUAAGAGAUGCAAUUUGGGCUUAUUUAGAGCAAUAUGAUCUACCUGUAGUUAUUGGUCCUCAGGUCAGAAACAAUGUACAGCCAAUGCCUGCACAGAUAUAUGAUAUGCGGUAUGAGUUAAAUGAGAUAGAAGCAAGAAGAGAGCAAUAUCCAUCUACUAUAUCAUUUGUUAACCUACUAAAUACUCUUAUUGCUGAUGAAACGGAUGUGAGCGAUCGAGGGCGUAGAUUUAUUGGCAUUUUCAGAUUCAUAUGUGAUCAUGUGUUUGGACCAUUUCCCCAGAGAGCCUAUUCAGAUCCUUGUGAGAAAUGGCAGCUGGUUGUUGCUUGUCUUCAGCACUUCCGGAUGAUACUUGCCAUGUAUGAUAUCAAGGAUGAGGAUAUUGAUAGUGUUAACCCAUCUCAACAAUCAUCCGUGCUGCAAUCUACUCCACUUGAGAUGCAGCUUCCUGUGAUGGAGUUGAUGAAAGAUUUUAUGAGUGGAAAAACUGUGUUCCGAAAUGUGAUGGCCAUUAUUUUGCCUGGUGUCGAUUCUAUAAUUACAGACCGCACAAAUCAAAUUUAUGGGCAACUCCUUGAAAAAGCCGUCCUCCUAUCAUUAGAAGUUAUUCUUCUUGUUUUGGACAAAGAUGUAACUGUAUCUGAUUUCUGGCGCCCACUAUAUCAGCCUUUGGAUGUUGUACUCUCUCAGGAUCAUAAUCAGAUAGUGGCUCUCAUAGAGUAUGUCAGAUAUGAUUUUCAGCCAAGAAUUCAGCAAUGUUCUAUUAAAAUUAUGAGUAUUCUAAGUUCUCGAAUGGUUGGUCUAGUUCAAUUGCUUUUAAAAUCCAAUGCUGCAGGUCCUUUGAUUGAGGACUAUGCUGCCUGCUUGGAGUUACGAUCUGAGUCUCAGAUUGUUGAGGACAGCAGUGAAGAUCCUGGCGUUCUCAUAUUGCAACUGCUUAUAGAUAAUAUUGGCAGGCCGGCCCCAAAUAUUGCUCAUCUACUUCUCAAGUUUGAUCUUGAUAGCCCGGUCGAGAGGACGGUGCUUCAGCCAAAAUUUCACUACAGUUGCUUGAAGGUCAUUCUUGAUGUUUUGGAAAAGCUGUCAAAACCUGAGGUGAAUGCAUUGCUUCACGAAUUUGGCUUUCAGCUCCUUUAUGAGUUAUGUGUGGAUCCACUCGCUGGUGGUCCUACAAUGGAUCUGUUGAGUACCAAGAAGUAUCAGUUCUUUCUGAAGCACCUAGAUACAUUUGCUGUUGCUCCACUUCCCAAGAGGAAUAACAAUCAGGCUCUUCGGAUCAGCUCUCUUCAUCAGAGAGCAUGGUUGUUGAAGCUUUUAGCUGUUGAAUUACAUGGUGCUGAUAUGGCUAGUUCUCAUCAUAGAGAUUCAUGUCAAUGUAUUCUUGCUGAGCUAUUUGGCUUGGAAAUUCCUGAGAGUGGCAUUGAUAAGAAUACACUACAACCAAUGAUUUUGAACAGCAGUGAUAUUGCUGGAAUUAGAAUGAUGGGCAAGAACAAGGUUUUAGGAUUGCUUGAAGUUGUGCAGUUCAAAUCCCCAGACAAUGUGAAGUCUUCACAGGCCAUCUCUAAUAUGAAAUGUGGUUUUAUGGCCGAGGAGAUCCUUAGCAAUCCAUCAACUGUUGGAAAGGGUGGUAUUUAUUACUACUCAGAGCGGGGUGAUCGCUUGAUUGAUCUUACUUCAUUUCGUGACAAACUUUGGCAGAAAUGUAAUAUAUUUAAUCCCCAGCUAAGCUCCUUUGGUAGUGAAGCUGAGCUAAAUGAAUUGAGGGAUGUAAUUCAGCAGUUGCUGAGAUGGGGAUGGAAAUAUAACAAGAAUCUUGAAGAACAAGCUGCUCAGCUUCACAUGCUAACAGGCUGGUCUCAGAUUGUUGAGGUCUCUGCAUCCAGAAGGAUUUCAUCGCUUCAGAAUAGAUCUGAAGUACUAUUUCAGUUGCUAGACGCUUCCCUCAGUGCUUCUGCUUCUCCUGACUGUUCACUGAAGAUGGCGCUUAUGUUGUCGCAGGUUGGUCUUACAUGCAUGGCAAAAUUACGUGAUGAACGUUUCUUAUGGCCUGGUGGUAUGAAUGCCGAUACAGUCGCUUUUCUUGAUAUGAUCAUGACAAAACAGUUGUCUAAUGGAGCAUGCCAAUCUAUUUUAUUCAAGCUUAUCAUGGCAAUUCUUAGACAUGAAACAUCGGAAACAUUGAGGAGACGCCAAUACGCAUUGCUCCUCAGCUACUUCCAGUACUGUCAACAUAUGCUUGAUCCUGAUAUUCCUGCCACAGUUCUGCAGUUCUUAUCAGCUAAUGAGCAAGACAAUGAUCUGGAUCUAGAAAAGUAUGACAAAGAGCAGGCUGAAUUGGCACGAUUGAAUUUUGCUAUUUUACGGAAGGAAGCUCAACCAAUCCUCGAUUUGGUAAUAAAAGAUGCAACUCAAGGUGGUGAAUCUGGAAAGACCAUGUCGCUUUAUGUUCUGGAUGCAUUGAUCUCCAUUGAUCAUGACAAGUUUUUCCUAAGCCAACUACAAAGUAGAGGCUUUUUAAGGUCUUGCUUAAUGAGCAUCAGUAAUGUGUCAUAUCAGGAUAGCCGGCUUUCUUUGGAGUCAAUGCAACGGAUUUACGCACUUGAAGGAGAGCUGGCACUUCUGUUGAGAAUUAGCCAUAAGUAUGGAAAAUCAGGCGCCCAGGUUCUAUUCUCAAUGGGUGCUGUGGAGCAUCUUUCUUCUUGUAGGGUAUUUAACAUGCAAGUUAAGGGGGGUCUCCGGCGUGUUGAUACUAAAUUUGGAAGGGACUUUUCUGUGGAUGUUGAUAAACAACGAAUGGUUAUUGCUCCAAUACUAAGAUUAGUAUUUUCCUUGACCUCAUUGGUUGAUACAUCUGAUUUUUUUGAGGUGAAGAAUAAAGUUGUGCGUGAAGUUAUAGAAUUUGUUAAAGGGAAUCUAUUGCUGUUUGAUCAAAUUCUUCAGGAAAACAUUUCAGAUGUUGAUGAACUGACUAUGGAACAAAUGAAUCUUGUUGUUGGGAUGCUGAGCAAGGUUUGGUCAUAUGAAGAGAGUGGUGAAUAUGGUUUCAUUCAAGGGCUCUUUGGGAUGAUGUGUGUUCUUUACUCACAUAAUCCAGAAUAUUUUUCUUCGACGGAGUCCACACGUUUUUUGGAGAGUAAGAGGAAGGCAGAAUUGAACAGAUCUCGCCUUUGCUUUAGCUUGAGCUCGUAUCUCUAUUUUAUGGUGAAACAGAAGUCCUUGAGACUACAGGUGUCAGAUGGUCCCACAGAGUAUCGUGCAUCUGCCACACGACAGCAACCUACAUUGACUUUGCUUGGUCAUUUCCUCAACUCUUUGACUACUGCACUUGAACGAGCGGCUGAAGAGAAUUGCUUACUACUUAACAAGAUCCGAGACAUCAAUGAACUAUCAAGACAGGAGGUUGAUGAAAUAAUUACCAUGUGUUCUCGUCAAGAUUGUAUUUCUUCAAGUGAGAAUAUUCAGAGAAGGAGGUAUAUUGCCAUGGUGGAGAUGUGUCAAUCUGUCGCAGACAGGAAUCGACUUGUUACCCUAUUACUUCUGCUUGCAGAAAAUGUGAUGAACAUAAUCCUUGUCCAUUUUCAAGAUGGCCAAGUGAUGAAAGCAUUUACAAAUGAAAGAAAAGGGAACUUUGAUGAGGACAUCAGUUUUCUUUGCCAGAAGUUAGUUCCAAUUUUAGAAAGGCUUGAAUCGCUAACUGAGGAUAAAACGGGCCACAACCUCAAGGUAUUUUGUAGAUUAGCGAGUUCCCUCAAGGAAAUAUCUAUUCAGAAGCUGGCAAUGUGAGUAUUGUUAUUUUACCAUGCCAGUAUACCUUUUUCUGUAUAAUUUGGAGAAUGUACAAGCCAUUCACCAUUUUGUCUUGGGGAUCCUUAUUUAUUGUUCUCCUGUAUAUCGUACUUGUGCAUAAAUGAAUGUAUCAUAGAAUUCACUUUGAUAGUUCUUGAGAUCGGUUUGCUGGUUGCCUGAAGAUUAUCAAUGGAGAGUUUGGAGUUGAAUUUCUGUUUU